UGCAAAAAUGAUUUAGAAGAGGUAUAAAAGCAGGAGCAUUAACGGAAUAUGGUAUCAGUUGGGAUUUUACACCAACGUUGUGCUACGUAUCACAGCAGUGUAAAAGUUUGUAAUAAUUAACAGUUUCUAGACUCCAAGAUGCGUUCCCUAAUUGUCUUUGGCCUUGUAGCCGUCUUCUUGUGCCUCUUGCACACCAUUGAGGCUAACUACAAGAAGCCUCCUUUUAACGGGUCGAUCUUCGGGAAAAGAAACAACAUUGAAUAUGACUCUACUGGCAAAGCGCUUUCAGCUCUUUGCGAAAUUGCCUCCGAGACAUGUCAGGCGUGGUAUCAAGCGUUGGAUAACAAAUAAAUAGGGGCAACUAAAUUAAGGAUAACUAGAUACAAUGACAUAGCUGAUGACUUGCAGAUGGCAAUGCGGUGGGGCCUUGGUCUUUUGGGGGCUACACUAGCGCUUCCAACUCUUUAAAAUGUUCUUAGAAUGGCUCCACUUGUAUUCACAUUGUUUAAAGAUUUACUAAAAAUAGAAGGGCAUUGAUAUUUUAGGAGAUCUCUCAGUUCACAGCUACGGCAUUGAAUAUUAGAAGUAUUUAUUCAAAUAAUCGAGGUAUUAUUAUUAUUAUUGCUUAUUUAUUUCAAUAUUUAAUAUUAAUAAUAAAAGUUAGACUGAACUAUACGCAAUUUUGUUUUUUAAUGGAUGUUUCGUUUCUUAAUGAAAAAAAUAAAGUAUUAAAUGUAUAUUAUAACUAUUUAGGCUUAAUAUAUAAUAAAAUUUCGCUUAAAACUUUACUCUGUUAUUAUGUUCAGAUUAGUGGUAGUCAAAACUAGGUGUAGUUUGGAAUUUACCGUUAAUUACAACACACUUUCCCAACCGUCUGGACGAGUGGCGGUCCUCCACUGUGCGUUUUUCAAGGCACUUCCUUCCACGCACAACCACUAUUUGGAAUCAACUUCCAGCAGCAGUAUUUCCGAAUCGAUACGACUACAUAACCUUAAAGAAAACAGCAUAUUCCUUUUCAAAAGGCCGGCAGCACACAUGCAUGCAAUGCUGUUAGUGUUGCGGGUAAUCAAGGGCGGCGUUAGUCACUUACCGUCAGGUGAGCCGCAUGCUCGUUUGCCCCCUGUGUUGUACAAAAAAAAACUUUCACAGGAGGUGCCUAUUACAGAUUAAAACCUGAAACUAGAAGAGUAGGUAUAAGUGUUCUCGUAACAUAAUACAGUUUUUGUACUUAUCGUAACAUUUACUUGACCAUUUGUACGGAUUAACAUUUGUAAUUUUAAAUUUACUAUUAAACGCAUUUACUUCUAA